AAAGCUUUACAAAUUCAGUGAAUGUAAAUAAGAUGUAAUAGAAUUCCAUUCUGCCGAUAGAUUUGGAGUAGUAAUAAUGAAGAAAAGCAUCAGAUUUAUUCAACCUUACAUUGACCGUGUCCAAAACUAAUAGCUACUAACUACAGAAAGCCUGAAUGCUACUGAUUUGAUUAUAGAAGAUGCUAGUUGGUUGCAGCAGACCUAACACAUGAUCAUUAAUGUAUAACAAAAACAACAAGGGACCUAAGAUUGAUCCCUGGGGAACACCAUUGACAAUCUUGCCCCAACUUGAGUGAGUGCGCUUCUUAUUAGUUACAACUCUUUGAUGUCUGCCAUGAAGGAAAUGAAUGUGUCAAAGGGAACUGUGGUGUUGGCUUAUAGUGGUGGGUUGGACACAUCAUGCAUCUUGGCAUGGCUCAUCGAACAAGGUUAUAAUGUCAUCACCUACAUGGCAAAUAUUGGCCAAGAAGAAGACUUUGAAGCAGCAAAGAAAAAAGCAUUGACAAUUGGUGCUUCCAAGGUGGUGAUUGACGAUGUAAGAGCCCAAUUUGUGAAAGACUUCAUCUGGCCUGCUGUGAGUGCUGGACUGAUCUAUGAAUCUCGCUAUCUCUUAGGAACAUCUCUGGCUCGCCCUUGCAUCUCUCAGGGAUUAGUCCACGUAGCCCAGCAAGAAAAGGCACAGUUAAUUUCCCAUGGUGCAACAGGGAAGGGCAAUGAUCAGAUUCGUUUUGAGUUAAGUUGUUAUGCACUGUGGCCACAAGUGAAGGUGUUAGCUCCAUGGAGAAUUGAAAGUUUCACUAAAAGGUUCCAGGGCCGUCAGGACUUAAUCCAAUAUGCGGAAAGUCAUGGGAUUCCUGUGCCAGUAACACCCAAGAAACCUUGGAGUAUGGAUGCCAAUCUAAUGCAUAUCAGUUAUGAAUCUGGAGUGCUGGAGGACCCAGCCAAACCGGCUCCUGAUGGAAUAUUUCACCUGACUGCUGAUCCUCAACAUGCUCCAGAAAAACCCUGCAAGCUGCAGAUCAAUUUUGAACAUGGCAUGCCACUUAGCCUAAAGAAUCUGACAGAAGGUGGACCUGUGGAAACAGAUCCUUUGCAGAUGUUGACCACUCUGAACCAGAUCGGAGGAAGGCAUGGUGUUGGUCGUACUGACAUCGUUGAGAAUAGAUUCAUUGGGCUCAAAUCACGUGGUGUUUAUGAGACACCUGGUGGUACUAUACUGCAUGUUGCCCACACAGACCUGGAGACUUUCUGCCUAGAUCGAGAAGUCCUGCGCUUGAAGACUUUCCUCCGAGACAAGAUGGCAGACUAUGUAUAUAAUGGAUUCUGGUUCAGCCCUGAAUGUGAGUUUGUUCGGGAGAGCAUUGCUCUCUCACAGCGCUAUGUCACUGGCUGGGUACAAGUGGAGUUGUACAAGGGCUCAGUUCGAGUGCUGGCUCGAAAUUCUCCGACAACUCUCUACAACCAAAAUCUUGUGUCCAUGGAUCAGCAUGGAGACUUCCAACCUAAUGAUGCCACAGGAUUCAUCAACACUCACGCCAUUCGCCUGCGAGAGUUUCAACGAUUCAAGACACAACUUGAAGAGGGUCAGGUCUGAUAGAUAUUGUGUAAUACGUUUUCUUAGAGUACAUCUUACUCAGUGUAGGCAAGGCAACUGCAGAAAGAAAAGUCCUGUAUGUUUAACGAGCUCGCCGGUAUAGUAAUGUUGGUUCCCAUCAUCUGUUGAAAAUAGAAUCUAGUGAUUUUUUAACGAUAGAAUAAAGACAUACGUCACUAUCUGAUGAUGAUGUGACCUCAAAGCUUAUUAUACACAUGUCAGCUCGUCUCACUGUUCACCAGCAGUGGACUGACUACUUCAGAAAUAAUUUCAAUUAAACAUUGGCUUCAAAUCCUAAGUAUUCACUGAGU